GAGCGGGGAGCGGCGGGGCACCACGAAAGGGGGUGGCCUGAGCUUUCCCCCCUCAGGCGGGCGCCAUGUGGGUGCUUGUGGCCCUCUUGGCGCUGAUGGCACCUCACCGGAGCGCGGCCUCCCAGGGCGAGGAGCCGCCCGCAGUGCCUUCACCAAUGCAGAUCACAGUAACAUCAGAAAAUUUCAAAACUAUCUUGCAUUGGCAAUAUCCACCUAUGUCUGAAACUCCUCAUUUUAUUGUGGAAAUCAAACCUUACAAUUUAGGUUACUAUAAGAUCGUCUCAACUUGUGUAAACAUUUCAGCUCAUUUUUGUGAUCUCUCAAGGGAAAUACAAAUACAUGAGCCUUUUGCCUCUCACUGGCUUCGAGUUAAAGCUGUUGUUGGGUCACAACAGUCUGAGUAUGUUGAGACAAAUGAGUUUAUUUUGCAAAAGCAUGGAAAAAUAGGACCACCAAAACUAAGUCUCUCCAGGCAUGGUGAUAAAAUUGUGGUUGAUAUUUACCAUCCUGCAUUCCCAUCAGUGGAGCUUCUUCCUGGGAUUGAAGACAUUUAUUCAGAGAUCAUGUACUUGGUGACUUUUUGGGACAGUAAAAAUCAGAGCAAAGAAUUGCUCACAGAAGACAGCUGUACGAUGUAUAAAUGUAGUGUCAACAUCCCAGUUCCUGCUGAAGGUUCCACUUACUGUGUUUCAGCAAAGGGGACUUUAUAUGGCAGUCUGAUGAUUGGUGCCCCAUCAGAAGAAAGCUGCAUUGAUGUUCCUCUCAAGUGGACAUUGAGCACAGAAUACAUCAUCAUUCUGUGUGUUGCUGUUCUGAGCCUGACCCUAAUAUUGACAGUAUGUUGUGGCUGCAAGAAACUAAGGAAGAACAACAUAAAGCUACCUAAGUCUUUGGUCAGUGUGAUAAGAAACCUGAACACAGACAGCAUUCCAGAACCAAAAUCGGAAGUAAAAUACAUGUCUGUAAUAAGCUUCGUGACAGGCCAGUCAAUGUUGCCACAGAACGAUGAAGUAACCUCACUGGAGGUAGAACCAAAAGAAGAAACUGCUAGUCCUGAGAACUCCAGUGAAGGAGUAUCUUCUGUUCUUCUGCCGGAGGCACCAGCCAAAACAGAAGAGGUGUCUGUGCAGGAAAGCACAGAGGAGGUAUCUGCUGAUGAAGAACAAAAUCAUAAAGUAAGAGAGAAUUACUUUAUUUCUGACAGUAGCCAAAUGGAUAUAUGCUCUAACUCUUCAGGUCCAGAGGUUUCUAACACAGAAAUACAGCAAACAGUCAUUCCAAACAGCUGUCUCAAGUUUUCUGGCUAUGACAAGCCUCAUGUUCCAUUAGAUAUGUUGAUAGAUGUUGGUGAAGAACAGCAUGUAAUUGCUUACAGGCCAACUGACUAACCAGGAUAGCUGACAUGUUUAAUCAGAACUCAGGAGGAAUAGCAUUACUGAAGAUUAUGGAAUGUCCGGGUUAUAUUAUGAAAAUCUACAAGGUGUUUUUGCUCUGAUCCAACAAGAAUAACCAGUGCACAGUAUAGACAAUGGGAUCCUGAUCAGGCACUGAGAAUAGUGCCUGAGAACAGCAUAAAAAAUAUGGGGGAAAUUUCAUACUAACCGCUUUAGAAGCGUUUGUGUGUAUGACAUAAUUCACUGUUCUUUUUGAAAUAGCACUCUUUUUUUAACAGUACUCUAUGGAGAAUGAGCUUCUUCAUGAAGGAGUUUAAAACAGCAGCUGUAUUAGUUUCCUUCCAUUUCAAAGCCUUUUCAAAAUUAAUUUUAACGUAUGCUUCAAAGGCCUUCUCUUGGUUAUGAUAGAGAUGUGCAAGAACUAUUUUGGGAGCUUUUGUCUUUGCUGGAGAUAUUUCUCCUGCUUGUCUUUUUCUCUUAAAAACUAUUUUUGCAUUAAACAAGAUGCUAUUUCUUUUAAGUGAGAAUAUGCCUGUAGCUUUUCCUGUGUAUCUUAAGAAUUUAGUGUAUGGCCAAACCAGUUAUUUGUAGUCUUUUCUGCACUGAAAUACGUAUUUCCAAGACCAUUGCUUUGUACAUUUCAGCAAGUAAACAAUAGGCUUUUUUCUUUCAAUUGUAAAUCCUGUGACUGAAAAAAGCUAUUUUAAAGGUGCUGUUAUUUGUGUGUAGAUGCAUCCAUUUGGUUCACCUGGAUACAUUAUGUGAUCAUGUCACAUUCUGGAUAACUCCUGCAUUACCAUGCUGGCUUAUGCUCAUUGGGGAAAAAAAAGUGUAGUGCAUAGUUGAACAAAUUAUUGAGAAAAUGUUUUCAAAGUGCUGAAGCGUACUUUCCUCAGGAGCAUUUUUGUCCCAGUUCUUAGAAUGAUACGAUUUUUUGAAAUAGAUAUCAACAGGACUUCUUCCAAACAUGCUUUCUAGCAGGUUGAAAAUUACUACCCUUUCCCCCCUUUUUAAGCCAUAACUACACCAAAUUACCACACUCUAAAAAUAUAUCUCAAGAGAAUAGAAAAUGUGAUAAACUGUAUUUCAGAAGUUGUCAUCUGACAGCCCUCUGAAUUUUGUAGAAUGUAAUGAAAGUGUUGAAAACUGAAGCAUGAGGAUUUUAUCUUUAUAUUUAAAAGCUUUUGAGCCUAAUGCCUGCAAUCCAGUUAUUUCCCUUUAGUUGAGAUCUGAGGGGUAUUUUCUGAUUGUAGGAAAUGUUUGCAAUAGUUCCUAAUGAAGCUUAGUUCAGAAAAAAAAAGGAUGCUUUACAGACACAAGGUGUUGUAUUUAUACCAAAUUAUAUCUUUGUUUUAAAAGAUACUUUUAAUAGGAUUAUUAGAAAUGUUUACAUGUUAUAGCAGGUGGUUUUAAAGGAAAAUCAGUAUCAUAGUACUUCUGUUCUUAUCCAUCUCAGUGGCGUGAGCAUUCAUAGAACUAUAGAAUGGUUUGGGUUGGAAGGGACCUUCCAGCUGCGAACAGUUCAAAGCCGCAGCCAACGUGAUCUUGAACCACCCUGGUCUUGGACACUGCCAGGGAUGGGACAUCCUAAGAUAAAGUUAGUUUAUACAGCAGUUUCUGGACUGCUUCCAUUCCUGCAGAUAACCAACAUUAACCACAAUGGUACAUAGUCAAUUACUGAAGAUUUAAAGGCAGUAGCUAUUUUUCCCUUCUCUACUCUGUAUGGGAAGAUAAUAGAUCAGUUUUGUGUCUCCCCCCUCCCCCCAAAAAAGCUUGCUGUUCUCCAAGAUCAGAAAUUAGCCACAGUAAUCAUUCCAUUUGGUGUAUCUGUCUCUGAACUAUUCUGCUAGAAGUAUGUAAUUUCUUGAAAAUGCUGGCUUUACAUUCUUAACUGUGUGUGUUGAAACCCUGGCACUAUCAGAAGAAUUAUUAGCCAAAACUCAGCCUCUUACACUUGUGUGAACAUAAGGGGUCGCUAAAUGCUCUCUGUUCUGGAAGGCUUUCCUCUGCUGCCGUGCUGGAAGAGGGGUGAUGUUUUUUGCUGUGUGAGGGCAGAUAGAUUCAUUUUAAAACCAAGUGACUAUUUCUGAUUCUUUUCACUUUUCCCUGCAAUAUUACUACAUUGUGCAUUGUCCUGAAUCUUUCAAGUCACGUGGAGUCCAAUGUGAGUAAAAGGGACCAGCCAGAUGCUAGGAUAAUAGUUAAUGACAAGAAUGUUAAGGUAAAUCAGAAAUGACACACAAAUCAUGAGCAUAUGGGAAAAAUUUGGUAUGGCAGGUAUGGAAAGGCACUGGUACUCUAAGCUGAAAAUAAAGCACAGGAGUAUGAGAGCUUGUGUGCAUAGGUAUGUUGUAUAGCACAAACUGACAUGUUCUUGUAUCUAUCACAAGGCUAAAUGUAUUAUUAUUUUUUUUAAUGAAAAUUUCUGAACUGUAAUUACAAAAGCCAUUGAACUGUCACCCCUCCCUGCAGGUAAGGUGCAUCUCCUGUGUGAUGUGUAUUUCACAAGUACCAGUUGCACAGGGAUAGUUUAGAUGUUUAAAUUUCUCAGAGCAGCUUUCAGGCUUUAUAAUUGUGAAAUAAAGAAGCUUAAGGGUGCACAAAGCACCAGAUUCUCUAAUUAGCUGUGACUAGCAGAAAACAUGAGGCCACAGUGAGAAACAGGUGUUUUCCCUGUGUUAGCAAGCUCUAUUUAACUGAAUCUUGUUUCCAGCAAUUGCUAGGAAUGAUAGUAAAAGAGAGCCUAAAAAGAGUAAGUACAUGAUGAUAUUUUUGCUAGGGUACAGUCUAGCAGCCUGUAAUGUUAGGACUUCUUGGGACAGGGAAAUGCCUUUUAGUUACAGCUAGUUAGCCUUACUUUUCCAGUACUGUAGUACCAAAUAUCUAAGCCAUGGAGUUUAGAAGCUGUCAGGGAGUAUUUAUCUAUGCAUUUUCACUUAAUUACCAAAUGAAUUAAAAUUAAUAAAUAUUCUUGUGAUGAGGAAGUAGUUUGCUUAAGCUUCUGGAUAUUCAUGUAUUACACCUUGACACAGGAUAUCAAAGUGCCUAACAUUUACAGGUUCAAAAUCAUUUAGUAUCUGUGCCUUUUAUAGGCAUAUCAGCUACCCAGUAUGACAUAUGUGAAAGGUUUUACCACUUCAGGCUCUCUCAGGUGAUUUUUAUCUUGUUAUGACUGCUCAGCAUUUCUCCCUUCCUGUCUCCUAAAAAUGAUUUGGGGGUGAUGGAGUAUAAAACUCCAAAACAUUAUAUCCUGUGUAGGCGACAUUGUGUCACAAAACUUCAGCCUAAUACCUGACAACGUUUCUCAGAAUAUCUUAAGUUCUCAUUUUUGCAUGGACACUGUAACUUUUUACUUUCAGAUCUUCAGUUAACAGUGAAAUAUUGUGGUGCUACUGCAUGCUGGCACAGAAGUAUCAAGUUGGGCUUUUAUGUUUUUUCUGCAUAAAUCAGUAAUUUAGUUUAAAUGACAUCUCUGGAAACAAGAUACCUCGUGUCCUGGUUGCUUCAAACCAGUACACAAGACGUGCAUACUUGUAUGUAGUUUUUCACUUGUUAAGAUGGCAGGAAAAUAAACUUGCAUGAGAAGAGCUGUUUUUUUUUCAAGGCUAGCAAUAACUGGUUGUUCUGAAGUGGUGCUAUGUAAACAGUUUAAUAUAUAUAAAUAAGACCUGUUAUACUUUACUUGGUUCAAAUUAAUAGUUUCACCAUGUCUUAAAAAAAGAAAACAACCCAAAACCAAAACACCAAACCAGACACAAAGCACCUUUCGUUUUACAAAAUGAGUGAGCUGUAUAGUUUUCUUUGGGGUGGUUUUUAAAAAUGCAGUUCUUUAAUAAUGAAGCCCUUGUUUAUUAAUACACUUUCUAUAUUCUCUAAAUGGAUGCAGUCAUUGGGUUAAGUGGGUCCUUCACAGGUCCACAGUUUAUUAUUCUCCCCAGAGCUGCAUUGUGCCUCUUACCCAUUUGAGGAUUCCACAGUCCCAUCUGGCAAUUUAUUGCAGGAGUUCUUUAUGCCUAGAAAGUAUUUUCUGGUGUUUAAUGUAAGUUUUCCUGACUUCAGACACUUCAUUAUUCACAGUGGACCUGCUGGACAUACUUUCAUUUUUGUCUGAAAUUUGUAGCUGAACUACUUGUAAAUACUGUAAAUUGUAAAUGCUUUUACAUUGAAUUAAAGAAAUUUCAGAAGACAAA